GUGUUAUAAUCGGAGCCUGCUGCGCUGCUGCCGUAUAUUUCGUACUUAAAACGGGAUUAGGAAGUAUUCUUGUUGUUUUAAAAUGUAUAUGGAUUUUGCGUGAAAGAAAAAAUUUAAUCAAAUACUUAAAGCUACUGAAUUUAUUAUAGUGAAAAUCAGGUUGAAAGGCGCUUUGCAAUAUGAAACAGUUUGAUUUAAUUAUCAGUAACACAAACUGGUAUCUGAAGUAUAUUGGGAUACCUUUAACAGUUGGAGUCGCUGUAUAUUCUUUACUUAAGCAAAUAUGCACCAAAAGACGUCGUUCAGCACUGCAGGGAAAGGUUGUUGUUAUAACUGGAGCAAGUUCUGGUAUAGGAGAAGCAUUAGCUCAUGCUUUUUAUGACCAAGGAAGUAAAGUGGUUUUAGCAGCACGUCGUUUAAAUGAACUCGAAAGGGUCAAACAAGAUCUGCAGUCGAAAAAGAUGUCUAUUAAAACACAAGAGCCAGUCAUUUUGGUUUUAGAUCUUGCAGAGCUAGACACAAUAACAAAAUUUGUAGAAAAUGUUCAUGAAGUCUGCGGGAAUAUUGAUAUUUUGAUAAACAAUGGUGGAGUGUCUCAUCGUGGUUCAAUAUUGCACUCGAAAAUGGAGGUGUUUAAACAAAUAAUGUACAUCAAUUAUUUUGGAACUGUUGCAUUGACAAAAGCUGUAUUGCCUAGAAUGGUUGAAAAGAAGAGCGGGCAUAUUGUUAUGGUGAGUUCAAUACAGGGUCUUAUUGCUAUACCAGAUCGCGCCGCAUAUGCUGCCUCUAAACAUGCUAUGCAAGCAUUUAGCGACAGCUUACGUUCUGAAAUGAAGCAACACAACAUCAAUGUGACAGUUGUCAGUCCAGGAUACAUAAAAACUGCAGUUUCAUUGAAUGCUCUCAGCGAAUCUGGUAGUGCUCAUGGAGUAAUGGAUAAGAGUACUGCAGCUGGCUUUACCCCAGAAUACCUCGCCCAGAGAAUGGUGGACUCAAUAGUCAACAAGGAGAACGAAUUAGUAGUUAGUCAAUUCUUCCCGAACCUUGCAGUUUUCUUGCGACAUUUUGCACCAACAAUUUAUUUCUGGAUUAUGGAACGAAGAUCUAUGAAGACUAAUUAAUAACAAAAUAUUUUGAUUUGACUUUCCUGGUAGUGGAAAUAGGUUUUUAUAUGAAUAGUAAUAAGAAUACUUCAAUUGAUAUAUACUUAUUUAAAUAAUAAUAAUGUAUUCCGAUAGUUUUAUAAUAUUGAUAAUCUGGAAUAUUACUUCUUUUUUAAAAAUGUCACCUCGCUACAUCACUACAUCGUGCGUGGCACAAAAGUUGAAAUAUGCGCAGUUGCAUAUUUUCGGGUCUCAAUCUAGGUGCGGGGUUGAGACGCAGUACGUAACCAUAGCAACGCGGUAUAGUUUACGAUUGUACCUGAGCGAAUAAUCGCCGUUGCGGUUCAACUUACGAGCCACGCAUAAGUCAAGCUAUUUUUGUUGUGUCGUUCUGCACUUGGAUGACAGCGCUUGUCCUAUGACUACGCUGGUUCAAGUUGGUAUCAUUAGUGGAAGCGCCCAGCAGAGACAAGUUAUAUUUAAUGAUGAAAGUCCCAUUAGUAUCACGAAUAAAUAUAUUUUAAGUAGAAGAGCGACCAGCAAUUUUUUUUUGUUUUCAAAACAAUCAUAAAAUGUAUAUUUAUUUAUUAAAAAAAAGCUUACAAUCGUUACUUUGCGAUUAUAAUUUUUAAGCAUCAAAAUUUAACUUGUCAUUUAUAAAUUAUACAUACUGAUGGUUAUUAAAUAUUAUUGGAAAUAAAAUACAUAUUUGUAUUAUCAUCUCAUGACUGGGAAAAGCUGAUCUACUGAAAAUAUCUAUAGGAUAAUUCAAAUCAAUUACAGUACGUUUUAUAAAUAUUGGGAAAAAUAAGGUACAUUCUAGCAAUCCUGUGAUAAACUUAUAAUUUUAAUGUUUUAUAAAUGGUAUCGAGUCAACAUGGUGUAUUGAAAAUACUGUUCCAAAUGAAUACAAAAAAAUAUAGGCACUCAGUAAGUCUAUUACUUAAUUUUAGUAAUUUAGGUCGCCCUCUUUAAUUGCUGGGAAAAUAUUUUCGGUAUAUCCCGCCGCUUGACGAGCGACGAGCCUGAUGCAUCCAGUUUUUUAAUAGUAACUUAAUUUAUUGAGAGUAAUUAAGUACUUAGUUGAGAUUUUGUACUCUUCUCAAUUCAGAAACCGGCUGUUAGUUUCCCAGUUUUUAGCAGUUUUAGUAUUAGUUUUCAGUAGUGCAAGAGUUUGUGACAUAAAUGCAAGAGAUCGGCGGUUCCCAGGACGAAGGAUAGGGGUGCGACCACCGAAAUCUUUAGCCAUAGAAUACAUCUAAGCGAUGUUAGUGCGAUAUUUCGCCUCAUUUUAUAUACUACUUCGGUGUAUUUUUUGGAGUUAGUUAACUUCUGUCAAAUCCAUAAUCAUCUUCAGUUUGUUCGUUAUUACCUACAUGUCAAAGUAGUAGAAUGAAAUUAAAGUCUCGCUAAGAUGCACCUAUCCUAUGACCAGAAUUCGGCGGUAGCACCCCAGGUGCUCGAACGAAAGUAAGUAUAAUGGUGACAUGUAUGAAAACUUAAUAAAAAAGUUAUUAUGAACGAAUAUAGAAUUAAAUAUAUUUAGACGCACAAUUCGUGGAACACGACGACUUGAAUCAAUCAUAGAAGUUGUUGC